GCCAUCUUGCGGCCAGUCCAGGAGUAACAUUGUAGUCCGUAUUAAAAAACAUGCUUGAGCAAAAAGUAGUUUUGCACAAAGUACUUCCGGUGGGGUCACCGACUAGCUUUUAUGAGCGAAUAUUUUCCCCUGUUUCCCAGCGGGUGUUGAACUAUUCUGAGAGCCUGAUUUGACCGUUUCCUUGUUUCUCCCGUGAACUCUUCUGUUUCCCGGUCGCUCGGCUUCACCGCUCCCCCUGAACCACCGGACAACGCGGGUAGACAAACGAGGCAAAAAGAGGAAGCAAUAGCCAACCAUCUUUCUUCUUCUGCCAGCAAUAACAAGAAAGAGAGCAGGCUAGAUUGGAGUAUAGCUGUGUAGUUUGCAAUUUAUUGUCUGUUUUUUACUGGAGAAAGGACUUGGGUAAAACCUCCCCCUGUUAGCAGAACCAGAUAAAAAGCUCCCGGACUAGUCUGAGCUCAUCUCCCGGCAAGCCUGGAAGUUUAGGAACACAAGACUGGCUGUUCAGAAUUCCCGUUUUUUCAUGUUUCCAACAGGUCUAUCUUCCCCUAAUCCCCCACCACCGCCAACCCAGGAGGCAAGAUCAUCGACCACUGAUGUCAAAAACGAAAGCGGUACCAUCACAUCUCCGAAGAAGAGGAAAAUAAACGGAUCAGAGAGGGAAGACACUACUGACACGAUCUCCUCUUCGCCUCCAAAGACCCUGAAUUCCUCCUCCUCGUCCUCCUCCUCCUGCUCUCCCACUCCGCUGCACAUUCAGAAGAAGUUGAGGUUCGAGGAUUCAGUGGAUUUCAUAGGACUGGAUGUGAAAAUGGCUGAGGAGGCUGCCGCCGCUUCGUGCUCCAAUAACAAAAGCAAAGCCGUGUUCCUGUCCGGCGGCGUGGGACACCAUGCAAACGGACUGACGAAAACCGCAGGAUCCGGCACCUUCUCCAACAGUAAACCCGGUGCUGCCAAGAAACUAGUCAUCAAGAACUUCAAAGAAAAGCCCAAAUUGCCGGAGAACUACACGCAGGAGACUUGGCAGAAGCUGAAGGAGGCGGUGGAGGCCAUACAGAACAGCACUUCAAUCAAGUACAAUCUGGAGGAGCUCUACCAGGCUGUGGAGAACCUGUGCUCUCAUAAGAUAUCUGCUAAGCUUUACAAACAGCUGAGAGCCGUGUGUGAAGACCACAUCAAGGCACAGAUCGAUCAGUUCAGAGAGGAUGCCCUGGACAGCGUGCUUUUCUUAAAGAAAAUCGACAAGUGCUGGCAAGAUCACUGCAGACAAAUGAUCAUGAUUAGGAGUAUAUUUUUGUUUUUGGAUCGCACCUAUGUUUUACAAAACUCAAUGCUGCCGUCAAUUUGGGACAUGGGUCUGGAGCUGUUCAGGUUCUACAUCAUCAGCGACCUGAAGGUCCAGAGUAAAACCAUUGACGGGAUUCUGCUGCUCAUCGAGAGGGAGCGAAACGGGGAGGCGAUAGACCGCAGUCUACUCAGGAGCCUGCUGAGCAUGCUCUCUGAUCUGCAGAUUUAUCAAGACUCCUUUGAGCAACGAUUUCUGGAGGAAACUAAUCGACUGUACGCUGCCGAGGGACAAAGGCUGAUGCAGGAGAGAGAGGUUCCAGAAUAUCUUCAUCACGUCAACAAACGCUUGGAGGAGGAGGCUGACAGAGUGAUCACGUAUCUAGACCAGAGCACACAAAAACCACUCAUUGCUACGGUGGAGAAGCAGUUGCUGGGUGAACAUCUCACUGCUACUCUGCAAAAAGGGCUGACUCACCUGCUGGAUGAAAACAGAAUUCAGGAUCUGUCUCUUCUCUAUCAGCUCUUCAGUCGAGUGCGAGGUGGUGUUCAGGUCCUCCUGCAACACUGGAUAGAGUACAUAAAGGCUUUUGGAAGCACAAUCGUAAUCAAUCCAGAGAAAGACAAAACAAUGGUGCAAGAGCUGCUGGACUUUAAGGACAAGGUAGAUCACAUCAUCGACAUCUGCUUCAUGAAGAACGAGAAGUUUGUCAACGCCAUGAAGGAGGCUUUUGAAACGUUCAUAAAUAAACGGCCAAAUAAACCUGCAGAACUCAUAGCAAAACACGUGGACUCAAAGCUAAGAGCAGGAAACAAAGAGGCGACAGAUGAAGAGCUGGAGAAGAUGCUAGAUAAGAUCAUGAUCAUCUUUAGAUUCAUCUAUGGAAAAGAUGUUUUUGAAGCUUUCUACAAAAAAGACCUGGCCAAGAGGUUGCUGGUUGGAAAAAGUGCCUCAGUGGACGCUGAAAAAUCAAUGUUGUCAAAACUGAAACAUGAAUGUGGAGCAGCAUUCACCAGCAAACUGGAGGGGAUGUUCAAAGACAUGGAGCUCUCGAAAGACAUUAUGGUGCAGUUCAAGCAGUAUAUGCAGUGCCAAAACAUUCCUGGCAACAUUGAGCUGACUGUGAACAUCCUCACCAUGGGUUACUGGCCGACCUAUGUCCCAAUGGAAGUGCACCUGCCUGCUGAGAUGGUGCGGCUGCAAGAGAUUUUCAAGACCUUCUACCUGGGCAAACACAGUGGCAGGAAGCUGCAGUGGCAGUCAACACUCGGCCAUUGUGUCUUAAAAGCGGAGUUUAAAGAGGGCAAGAAGGAGCUGCAGGUGUCACUCUUCCAAACACUUGUGCUACUGAUGUUUAAUGAAGGAGAGGAGUUCACUCUGGAGGAGAUCAAACUGGCAACAGGAAUAGAGGACAGUGAACUGCGCCGGACUCUGCAGUCGUUGGCUUGCGGAAAAGCACGCGUCCUCACUAAAAUCCCCAAAAGCAAAGAUGUAGAGGACGGGGAUAAGUUCUCCUGCAAUGACGACUUCAAACACAAGCUCUUCAGGAUCAAAAUCAAUCAGAUUCAGAUGAAAGAAACGGUGGAGGAGCAGGCAAGCACCACAGAAAGGGUGUUUCAGGAUCGUCAGUAUCAGAUCGAUGCUGCCAUUGUGCGCAUUAUGAAGAUGAGGAAGACUCUGAGCCAUAAUCUCUUGAUGUCUGAAGUGUACAACCAGCUCAAAUUUCCUGUCAAGCCUGCUGACUUGAAGAAGAGGAUAGAGUCUCUUAUUGACAGAGACUAUAUGGAGCGUGACAAAGAGAAUUCCAACCAGUACAACUAUGUGGCUUAGAGAAAGAGAAAGUGACGGGGUAAAAUAAGACGCCGGUGGUUCAGUCAGGCUGAGGUGAUCAGUCUCUAAAUCUUUUGCUCCAGUGGACGUUAACCUUUAUCAUCUUCAACACAGCGACCGACAAGUGAAUGGAUACUGCUCCACAGGAUUUUUUUUUUGUCAGGGGUCUUGUGAUCCUGUGGACUGCAUGCCCAUUGAAAAGAGAAUAUUGUCCAUUUUUCUCAGCACAGCUGAGGGAGUUGGGUUGCCGUGGACAGACAGAGAAGACACACAGAUGUUGUUGUGUUUGCUUUUUUUUUUAAAGGAGAGGAAAAAUAUUUAUUUUCAAACUUAGGUUUUUCUUUGUCCAUAGUUUGAAUCAAUAUGCUCUUUGUUAUCAAGCCUUUCUGUUUUCUUUUUCUUUUUUCACACAGUAUCCCAAGCAAAUGCUGACACACUUAUCAAAGCUCUAAAUGUACACACGUUGAAGAGAGAAAGGAUCAAAAAAAGCUUAGCUGAUGCUUGUUUCUUCAGUAAGUGUCAGGUGUUGGACUAGUGGAAAGAAAUUCACAGUAUAAAAUUGACAAUUUGGGAAAUAUCUGUGCUGGAUGGAUGGUUCUGCAGCAAGAAUUUUUAAGGCCAUGUAGCCAUCUGAUAAAGCUGUGAUCCUGAACACAUGAAGCGUUCAAACAUUUUGUGCCAAAAAAGGAGCACUUCUUUGUUAUAGGGCAUAUUGAGGCUGCUAAAACAGUUCAGUUGUACAAGUAUAUGCAUUUAACUUUCUCAUUUGUUCUGACUUUGUAUUUUUUGUACAUACUUCACAAAAGUAACAUUUUAAAUGAUCUCAUCCGACAGUCAACUGCUUUGUAGGUUUUUUGUUAACCCGUAGAAAGUAUACUAAAAGCACAACGACAUCAAAGCCAAUUUCUCCAUCUUCCCUGGUGUCAUUAAAGUCAUCACACAUUUACACUAUACAUUUUUGUAUGUCUCCCUGUGAGGCUUGCAGGCCUUAAUGAAGAGUGCUGGGAACAUGAGUGGACUUCCUAAACACAAGUGAAAAUAUGAUUGAGUAGAGCCCUUGUUUGUAUGAGUCUGUUAGAUUUAUCGCUUCAGAUUAAAACAACUGUUUCAGUCGG